AUGUCUGAUUCGGAUAACUCAUCUGAUGGAGCUCAAGAAUUUAUUCAAGAACUUAUAUUCGAUGAUUCGCUGGAGCAACGUCACUAUGAGCUUUAUGAGCAAAUUUAUGGUGGAUCAUCAUCGAAGCCACGAAGAAUGAUACAUAGAGAUCGUGAAGCUGGUGCUGAACGUCUAGAGAGGGAUUAUUUUGCACAAAAUCCAGUGUAUCCUCUUGAGACAUUCCGACGUAGGUAUCGAAUGGGAAGACAUGUUUUUCUUCGUAUUGUUGAUGCACUUUCAAAUCAUGACUCGUACUUUCAACAAAGGGUUGAUGCAUUGGGAAGAAAAGGUCUUUCACCUAUACAAAAAUGCACUGCCGCCAUGCGUAUGUUGGCGUAUGGAGUAUCUGCCGAUGUCGUUGAUGACUAUGUGCGUAUUGGCGAGUCGACUGCGGUUGAAUGUUUGAAAAGAUUUGUCACAAAUGUUAUUGUGAUGUUUGAGGGUGAAUACUUACGAAAACCAAACUCGAAUGAUAUACAUCGUCUACUUGAAAUGGGAGAGGCUCGUGGUUUUCCGGGUAUGAUGGGCAGUAUUGAUUGCAUGCAUUGGCAAUGGAAAAAUUGUCCAAAAGCUUGGAAAGGGAUGUUCAUGAACGGUCACAAAGGAGUUCCAACACUUUUACUUGAAGCAGUUGCCUCGUCUGACUUGUGGAUAUGGCAUGCCUUUUUCGGAGUUGCUGGUUCUAACAAUGAUAUCAAUGUGUUAGAUCGGUCACCGAUAUUUGAUGAUAUUUUAGAAGGCCGUGCUCCACAGGUAAAUUACAAUAUUAAUGGCAACAAUUAUAACAUGGGGUAUUAUUUGGCAGAUGGAAUUUAUCCCGAAUGGGCAACAUUCGUUAAGACAAUCCCACGUCCACAAGGAGAGAAGAGAAAAUUAUUUUCUAAAUAUCAAGAAGGACAAAGAAAAGAUGUGGAAAGAGCAUUUGGUGUGUUGCAGUCUCGCUUCGCAAUUAUACGUGGUCCGGCUCGAUUCUGGGACAAAGGAGAUCUUGCUAGAAUAAUGAGAGCAUGUAUCAUAUUACACAACAUGAUUGUUGAGGACGAGAGAGACACAUAUGCCACUCCCUUUGGUCCGCUUCCAUCUUACGAUGACAUAGUGGAUGGUUUAUCACAACCGAAUUUAGGCGAGGAACCUUUUGCUCCUUAUGAAGACUACGUUCAAAGAAAUAUCAGAAUUCGUGAUAAACCAAAACACCGCCAACUACAAGCAGACUUGGUUGAGCAUAUCUCGCAGUUCCAUAUUGCCCAUUAAUUUAUUUAAAAUUUUAAGUUGUUUAGUAUCGUUCGUGUUGUUUUCCAUUAUGUUGUUCU